AGGCCACGGGCCCCGCCCUCUCCCAGUAAGUCAGGCCACUGCCGCUCAGCCCCCCGCCGCCGCCCUGCCCGCCCGCCACGCCCCCUGUUAAUCAGUCAGCAGCUGGCCCCGCCCACCUCCCGCCACCGCCCCGCCCCGCCCCAUCGGGCGGUCCUCGCUUCUUCGCCGGGGGUUUUGCCUCAGCCUCGGCUUCGCCUCCCCGCCCCAGGCAUUUCUGUGCGGGUUGCGGAGCUGCCGCGACCCCAAAACCCUCGGGCGCGGGCGGAGUGGCGGGGCUGUGGAGCUGCGCCAUGUCCGCGUCGGCGUGGUGUUGCCUGCGUUGCUGCAGGGACGGCGGGACCGGCCACAUUCCUCUCAAGGAGAUGCCGGCCGUACAGCUGGACACGCAGCACAUGGGAACAGAUGUUGUCAUUGUGAAGAACGGAAGAAGAAUCUGUGGCACUGGAGGCUGUUUAGCCAGUGCACCUUUACAUCAGAACAAAAGCUACUUUGAGUUCAAAAUCCAGUCUACUGGAAUCUGGGGUAUAGGUGUUGCAACUCAGAAAGUUAACUUGAACCAGAUUCCUCUUGGCCGAGACAUGCACAGUCUGGUGAUGAGAAAUGAUGGAGCCCUAUACCACAACAACGAAGAAAAAAACAGGCUGCCAGCAAACAACCUUCCUCAGGAAGGAGAUGUAGUGGGUAUCACAUAUGACCAUGUAGAAUUAAAUGUGUAUUUGAAUGGAAAAAACAUGCAUUGUCCAGCAUCAGGUAUACGAGGGACAGUGUAUCCAGUUGUAUAUGUUGACGACAGUGCAAUUUUGGAUUGCCAGUUCAGUGAAUUUUAUCAUACUCCUCCACCUGGUUUUGAAAAAAUAUUAUUUGAGCAGCAGAUCUUCUGAGUGUGUUUGUUUUCCAAACUUGCACUCUGCAUCAUUACAAAGUGUUUGCCACUUAAUAAAGCUCUCCCUGACCUAGAGAUGAGAACAUACUCUGAAAAUUGCUCUUCUUAUUGUUAUCUAAGGAACCCAUGUAUUCAUUAUACCAUACUGAAGUUUGCUUUAAACUAUCUAGUCAUUGUGAUAGAAAAACAUCAGCAUUUGGGACCACUUAUUUAAUCUUAUUUAAACAAAUAAACCAUGGGUUUGAUUAACAGUAUUACAUGGUAACAUGUAUAUAAAUAUUUAAAGGGAAUUUUCCUUAUAUAAAGUAUUUGUUUGACA